UUGUCGGGUCUCCACAGAGAAGAGGGAGCUGGAGAAGGGGGUGCCUAAUGGCGGGGGCGCCGGGCCGCUGGGAAGUGGUGCGGAAGCCGAGCCGACGGGGCCCAGGAGGAGGCGGUGGUGGUUCCGCGGGGCGGAAAGCCCUGGGCGAGGCCAACGGGGGCCGUGGUCUGGCCCCGCCCCUGCCUCUAGCGCCGUCGGAAACCCUCUUUGAGCUUGCCUUUGAGAAGUCCACGAAGAAACAGAACAAAGAGCAGGUGCCGCCACCCCCGGUGCAGCAGCCGCAGCAAAAGAAACAAAACCUGGGGAAGCCUGCAAAGAAACCAUCCACUGGAGAUUCAGGGCUCAAACAAGGCCCAUUCCGGUCAUUGGAGGAUGCCCUGAAAGCGUUUGAUUUGUCAGAACUCCAGAAGGAGCUGGAUAAAAGCUUGAGCAUGUUCCCAGAGAACCCUUCUGUGUGGGUCAAAGACCUGGCUGGAUAUCUGAACUACAAGCUGCAGACUCCUAGGAGCGACCCCACACUUAGCCAGCACCCUCAUGACUAUCCCUACUGUCUUGUGAACAAGGAGCUGAGGAGCAUAAUCAAGUCCCUGCUGUCAAAAUCUGGGAGCGUCCUGGAGCUUUUCUUUGACCACUGUAUUUACACAAUGCUGCAAGAGCUGGACAAGACCCCUGGGGAGUCACUGCACGGAUACAGGAUUUGCAUACAAGCAGUGCUGUUGGACAAACCUAAAGUUGCCACAGUGAACUUGGGCAAGUAUCUCGAGCUCUUGAGAUCCUAUCAGAACCGACCGGUCAAAUGUCUCACAAUCAUGUGGGCCUUGGGGCAAGCCGGAUUUGCAGAUCUUACAGAAGGACUUAAAGUGUGGCUCAGCAUUAUGCUUCCAGUUCUGGGCAUAAAAUCUCUCUCUCCGUAUGCCAUCACCUACUUGGACCGCCUGUUGAUGAUGCACCCCAACUUGACGAAAGGCUUUGGCAUGAUCGGACCCAAAGACUUCUUCCCUCUCUUGGACUUUGCCUUCAUGCCCAAUAACUCUUUACCACCCAGCCUGCAGGAGCAGCUACGACAAUCGUAUCCCCGCCUGAAAGUGCUCGCCUUUGGGGCAACACCUGAUGCCACCCUACACACGUACUUCCCUUCCUUUCUCUCCAGGACCACUCCCACUUGCCCUGCUGACAUGAAGAAGGAGCUGCUGAACUGUCUGAUGGACUGCCUGAACUUGGAUCCUCUCAGCUUCAGCGUUUGGAGACAGUUGUACAUCAAACACCUCUCACAGUCUAGCCUGCUUCUGAAUCACCUUUACGAGUCCUGGGACAGCACUUCCAAAAAGAUGCGCAAGUCUUUGCCGGAAACAGUGCAUUCCUUUAAAGUCACAAAUGAAGAGUUGGCCGUGAAAGGACCAAACAGUGCUCAGGAUGUAGCUGCUUGCACAUCCGCUUGUAAGAACUUGCUGCUCAAGAUGAAAGGCAGUGGGUUCCCCUGGUUUCGGCUGCUGCUGGUUAUCCUGGUAUUUACCACGGGGUUUUUGAUGCAUGAUAUCAGGACUCAUGGCUCCUUCCAAGCUUCUGCUUCUGCUCAUGUCCUCCGCAGUUCUGGCAUCCUUCCUGCUUCUCAGCAAGCCUGGAACAAAGUUUCCCAUUACUCUUCCAAAGGAUAUAGCUGGCUAGAAGCAAAUGUGCCUCUCUACUACUCGCACAUGGUGACUGUACUGGGACCAAACCUGGAGCUAGUAUGGGCUAAGACUAAUGAGACUGUCAUAUAUAUCUCUGGGAAGUGCUCUACUCAGCUAGCCUGGCUCAGAGACAACCUGCCCAGGCUCAUUGAAUGGCUCCAGACUCACCUUCCAGAUUCUGUGUUGCAUCUGGCCGAGCACAUCAAGGAGCUGCUGCUCUUCCUCAUGCAGAACUACAUUCUGCCAGCCGUGGACUAUGUUGCUGGGACGCUGGAGGAGGGCUGGAAUCUCUGGGUGGCUUCCUGCAACGGCGAAGGGUCCUGGGACUGCUUGAGAAGACAGAUGGCGAGCCUCAGCCAUUCUUCUUGGACAUACCUCCAGGAUACAACCAUUGCCAUCAAGAACUGGGCCUUGGCCAUUAUCUCUGGUCACUGAGAUCCAGGAGUUAGGCGGGAGGUUUGGGGAUUGCUGCUGGUGACAGCAGAGUGCCAACUGCUUGUUCUUAAUACUGAUCCUCAGGGUCAGGGACAAUCUCCUGCUGUGAAGCCCUGCUCUGCCCAGGCCAGAGGCCUCCAGGCUCUGAACCUGCUGUGGUGGCAGGCCGGUUCUCUGUGUUCUCUACUCAGGCCUUAGCUGCCCCUUCUCGUUGGUCAGUCCUCUCGCUUAGCUGUUGCUAAGAGUUUGUGGCGGCAGCAGCGCACAUCCCAACCGAUUUUCCCUUUGCCUGCCUAGAGGCUGGAGUGCAGGUGGAAAAAAAUUGCCUCUCUCCUACUUAAGUAAACUGUUCAGUGCUGUUAUCCCAAUAAAUUGGUCACAGGGGCAGUGGCCCCCUUCCCUGUCAUUUUAUGCAUGGAGCUCCUGUUCCUGCCCUCAGCUCGUGGAACUCUACUGCCCCCCCCCCAUCCCCCUCCUCCAGAAGUCAGUCCCAAGGUCUGGUGCGUGUUUGUGGUGCUCUCUUGCUAGUCUCUCCUCCCAUCUUUGUCAUCUGGCAAAGGACUUCACGCACAGCAUCCCAGACAUCGGCUUGCCCUGGCUGGUGACUGUUUUGAUGCGACCAGCAACUUCCACACAGUAGAAGCAAGGAUUUUUAGCCUCUGCCUCUGAGUGCCGGCUUUGCCUUUUUGUGUACCCAGGAAGGGAGGUUGGUGGUUGUUGCAGCUGGGAAUGCUUCAGAUGCAGAGGUCUGGGUUUAAGCUAUGUGAACAGGAAUGAGCGCAACACUGUGGAGCCUGUAGGAAAGGGAGAGAGGGUGGUCGCCUGGAGUUGAGCGGGUUGGUUGUUCCUCUUCUGAAUUCUGGAGAGAAGCUUACAAGUCCUGUAGGGGCAGCUCUGCCAUUCUCGAUAGGCUGAAGGCAAACUGGCCAUUCUCACAAUGAGGAUAUGGGCGGGGGUCCUGUUGAAUAGCAUUUUCUCAGCCCACUUUUAAAUUCUCCUCUCACCCACUAAUGUAAAAGAUGUCCUCCUGGAGGGAUGGAGGAAUAUUGCCCUGGUCUGCCCAGUGUGCAUGUGCUUUCUCCCUGUGGCGGUGUGGCCUUCUGGCUGCUGUGCCUGCACUGUGGCAUGAAUAUGGUUGGACAUUCCUGUCCCGCUCUUGAGAUUAAUGGAUAGGGAUCAAGUGUUGAUAGACUUGCCUGGGAAGUAGUAGGUCAGAGGAAGCAUCUCUUAAGCUGUGUGUGGCACACUCAUCAGUAGUGUUGGCCAGGGUUGUCUGCAGGCUGAGCCUGCCCCUCGAUGCCCAUCAGGUGCUGCUUGCGCUGCUGGACUCAGGUGUGUGUGUGUGUGUGGGCGGGUAGAGCAGGACUUGCAAGAAGCACAUGGUCUGCCCUGGUCAUGGCCUAGCCGCCGAUCACGUGCUGUUCUCCUCGACUCAGUCAGAAUUCCAAAGGUAUUGGGACUCAGUCAUGACAGUUGUGUGGGGCUCUUGUCAUGUGCAAUAAAGGAAAAUAUAUUUGGUUACAA